AAGAGAACGAAUAGACUAUCCUAGUGCAGCGAGAAGGGAAAAAGCGAGCACCGUUCCCUGCCGUGCGCCGUUGUGGUACCGUGAAGACGAAAGACGACGACGACAACGAGAAGAGAGCGUGUCCACCUCAGCGAGGCACCCCGUGCCGUGUUUCCCUUUGUCCGUAGCACCCGAUCGAGCCUGUGAUUCCUGUCCCGCGGCGGGGUGUUUCAAUAUCGGUCGGUCCGUCGUUUCGAUUCCGUGUUGUCAGAUGCAGCGCUCCGAGGCUGUCGAUUAAAAUCGUGUGUCCUUUGCCCUCGUUUGGUGUCGUUGUCAACGCCGUUGCAGUCGUCAAGUGUAACAUUGUGUGUUUUUUUUCGGUCCAUCCAUUCCGUAUCGAUGGGAAGAAGUUGCUGAACGUCCCAGCGAGAGUGUACUACGCCACUAGUGUAAACUCGCUAGUUCGGGUGUACACGAAGGAAAAACAACAGAAACAUCCACAUGCGGAGCGCGUAGUGACCACACACUGCGGAAGGAAGUGAGCAGUAGGCCCUUUCCUAUUCUUUUUCCUUUCCACGAGGACCGGGGAGACGAGACGCAGGUGUUAGGCGCGGUUAGGCCCCGACCUCGUCCGUUCGCCGUCGAAGCGCCGUCAGCCCAGCCAAUGCAACCGACCGACGGCAGUGACGACGACGUCGGAAGCACCACGAACGGCGACGUCGGUCGAAGAGGCAACAACAAAGACGAACAGCGAUCAAGCAACGGCGUCGCAGAGGGCAGCGGGUUCGCCAUGUCCACCAGCUCGAUAGACACCCGCAUCACCAUGAUGGAACGGUUGAUUCAGAAACCGACCCCGCGUACUCCACCGCCACCGACCCUAGCGCUACCCGGUUCCUCGACGCCCGGAGCGAACCGUUUCAAUCGCACCGGAAGUGGUGGCAUGGGUGGGGGAUCUGGCCCUAAUCGGCCUACCUUGGACCUUCAUCUUCCCAUCCAGACCGGGACUCGGCGGAGCGAAUCGGAACUCAAGUUUCAAAAGAUCGUUGACAAGAGUGGCCUGCUGAAGAUAAACGAAAAAAUCUACCGAACACAGCUGGCCGACCUGGACGAUUUGGGUGAGCUCGGGAACGGCACCAGCGGGCAUGUGGUCAAAAUGCGACACAAUCCGAGUGGCGCCAUUAUCGCCGUGAAGCAAAUGCGACGAACCGGCAACGAUGAGGAGAACAAACGAAUCAUCAUGGAUCUGGACGUGGUGCUCAAGUCGGAGAACUGCAAGUACAUCGUCAAGUGCCUCGGAUGCUUCAUCACCGAUGCGGACGUGUGGAUCUGCAUGGAGCUGAUGACGACGUGCUUCGACAAGCUGCAGAAAAAGUCCAAAAAGCCCGUGCCGGAAGAAAUCCUCGGCAAGGUGACGGUGGCGACGGUGCGCGCCCUGGCCUACCUGAAAGACAACCACCGUGUGAUCCAUCGGGAUGUGAAGCCAUCGAACAUCCUGAUCGACGAUCGGGGGAACAUCAAGCUGUGCGAUUUCGGCAUCAGCGGUCGCUUGGUCGACUCGAACGCACGGACCCGUUCGGCUGGGUGCGCCGCUUACAUGGCGCCCGAACGAAUCGAUCCAGCGAAGACCGUGUACGACAUCCGUGCCGACGUGUGGUCACUCGGCAUUACGCUGGUCGAGCUGGCCACCGGUGUGUUUCCCUAUCGUGGCUGUGUUACCGACUUUGAGGUGCUUACGCAGGUGCUCACCUCGAAGCCACCACGGUUGCCCGAGGACCAGAACUUUAGCCCCGAGUUCCGCGACUUCGUGCAGCUCUGCCUGCGCAAGGACUACCAGGAGCGCCCAAAGUAUCCGGAUCUGUUGCGGCACGCGUUCCUGCAGCGCGCCGAACAUGAUGCCAACAUCAACGUGGGCGAGUGGUUCCGCAGUGUGGCCGUCAGCUGUGGCAUCCAGCUUACUUCCACUCCAUCGCAGAUGGCAUCACACACGAACGUCAACAACACUUCUGUUGCCUCGUCUCCGGGGCCCUGGGUCGGUUCGUCGGACCAAACCAGAAUACCGACACCACUGGGAAGUUUAACGGAAGCGGUCCAGGCACAGUCAAACCAGCAGAAGCAAACCAUCGCCAUCGCCGCCUCAUCGAUCCCGAUCAAAUCGACCGGCAGUGGUCCGGCCACGGUCGCAGCAGUCCCCUCUCCGCAUCUGGCCCACGAGGCACCCAAUAGCUUCCACAACCUCGGCGGCAGCCGGCAACAACAACAACACAGUCAGCAGCAGCAGCAAAUACUCCAGAGCAAGCUCAGCAACAUUCAGCUUGCGUCGGCCGCCGUAACCGCCAGCGGCGCACCGACGACCGCGGUACAGCCGGCGGCCAGCACAUCCUCAUCCUACGCGUCUACCUCGUCUUCCCCGGUGCCGGCGUUCGAUCCGCGCCGUUCGCCCUCUCCUCAGGCUCAGCGCUACCUAUCCAAAAUGCAACCACCAAAAAGUGCCAUUACUAGCACCAGCAACGCAAUCCCGAUCGGUGGCCCAGAGCUGGCCCCGAGAAAGUACAAACAAUCGCCCUUCUUGUCGCGUCGGACGGCCUCGGAGUAUGGCAACGGUAGUCCGAAGAAGGAAUCCACCCUCAGCAGCUUGGGGCAGAGCAUCUUCAAGAACCUGACGACGUCACCGUUCUCGCAGCGCAAGUCACUUCCAGCGGGCGACUCCAAGCUGACCGUCUCCUCUGCGUCACCCGUCGCCUCCGGGUCCCUCUAUGGCACGUCACCGAUGCCGGAAUCACCCUUCCUGGUGCACAGCAACGGUGCGGGGAGUAAUCCUUCCUCGCCCUUGCUGCUCCUCCGGAAAGCGCAACAUCACGACCCAUCGACCGAACCCGACACUCAGUACAAACACCUGCAGGGAAACACUAGUCCAAUAGUUCUUCAGCGAUUCUACCACCAGCAGAAUCAACUGAUGGAGCAACAACGGGAAGCGUUACAACACCAACCACCGCAACCUAUCUAUGGCAAUCAUCCACAACAGUUCGGAGCCCCAGGUGCGGGACAGGGGGUUUACACAACCGUGGCCAAUGUACAGCAGCCGGGAAGCGGCACCAUGCGCUACAGCCCGUUACCUUCCCACCGGACCGUGCACCACGGUGUCCAUCCGGUGCUGACCUCGAACCUCCCGCCACAGUCCCACUACCCGCACCAUCACGAACCACCACCACCACCUUCCGGCAUUCCCGUCUACCAGCACCACCAGAUACCGUCGGGAACGGCCAGCCCGAAACAACACCACAAACCCUCGGGCGGAUCGUCCUUCUUUAGUACGUUUAGUCGCGGCAUGAAAAGUGCCUCCCGGGGUGACAAAGUAAUCGACCGAGGGGGUGUUGGUGGAUCGGCCAGUGUGGCCCCGGCACCGACGGCCAUGUACGGCGCUACGGCAGCGAACCAGGCGCCGCUCCCCUACCAUCAGCACCACUAUUCCGGAGCGCCAAACCACGGCGUUCUCAAUAGGCACGGGUCGCUGAUGAGCAACGGGGAAGGAAGCGGCGCCGGAACGGAUGGCCUCAAGGAGCAGCAGGAGCAAGGCUGGUUCAAUUCCAUUGCAGGGCUGGCGAAGCGCAGUUUCGCCUCGAUCAAGCUGAACCUCGGCAACAACAACGGCACGACGAUGACGGGCACGUCCGGCACGUCCAACCUCGGGGACAAGCGCACACUCAAAGAGAAGCACCUCCUCCAGCAGCAACUUCAGCAGCAGCAGCAUCAACAGUACCCGGCAACCCAUUUCGACCCAUUGAUGGCCGGAACGGCCGGACCGGGAGCUGGUGUUCCACCUCCGUACGGUUCGGGCAUGUUCGUUAGCAGCAUGGUGCAGCCUCCUUCCGCGAUACCUUCGCACGCGGGACCGAUAUCGCACGUGCUCGGUAGCGGAACGGCAGAUCGUCGCCAUCGCAGUCCGGAUCCUCCACCGCGAUUGAACCGAGGACAAUCACCAUUGUUGCUGCAGCGUAAGCUCGAACAGCUCGGGCACGCCGGAUCGCCGUUGCUGAACAGACGGCCGUUCAACUCAACGUCUCCCUCGCCCCCGUUACCACCGCGCCGGGGGUCGGAAAGUGUGCCCGGUUCGCCGCAGCAUCUGCGGACGCGCAUCAACUACACGCCGGAGCCGCACCGCCGGCCCUACCGCACCACCAUAGACCAAUGAGUGGGACUGCAAAUUCUGGUCAUGUGAUCGAUGUACAGCUUUCUCGACUAGACGACGCCCGCGUCGGUAUGCCAUACCGCCAUACGGAUUGCGCUGCUCCUCCAGUCGUCUCCAGUCAGCUAAACGUUGCCUCUUUUUUUAAUUUGUUGUUUGCUGUUGUUGCUUAACGAUCGGCGGAGACGUUGCUUUGGAAGAAAUUAUACUAGACGCUGCUUAAUCUCUCCUGCCGUCUUCUGGAAGACACUUGCUUAAACUGGAUGCUGCUCUACUGAAUCAUCCCCCAAAGGUAGAAAAAAAAUCAAAAUCCAACAACGCGAAACAGAAAAAACAGAAUGUAAGUGAUACAAACGGCAGGCACGGUAGGAAAGGAGAACCCCCUCGCUUACCAAACGAACAAAAAUCCUCGAACGAAACAAAAAACGGCCCCCAAACAAUAACACACUACUCUGCUCCCGGGGCUGUGGAGUAAACGAAACCUUCCUGCGAAGAUACAACUAACAACACGGAGUGUAGAUCGAAGGCCGAAACAAACUCGAAACUCGAAAGUAGCGCCAAGGAACGUCUCUUUCCCACGCGGUGACUGAGGGAGGGUAAGGGAUAGAGAAUGCCAGGGGAUUGCGCAAUCCACGGCCUGGUGCUUUUUAUUUUUCUGUAGUUCGUAGGUUAGUAAGCAAUUUAGCAAUUUUGUCAACGGUGGUGUGCCCUCCCCCGGGGUGUCCGAGCCCGACCGGACCGAGCUAUUGUGAUUGAAAGUACGGUACCCAGAAAUGCUCUCCUUUGGUCUUUCUGACUGUUUUGUUGAUUUACCGGGGUUUUCCGUGCUUUUCGCUUUUGCGUGUCGAAACGGUUGGUAGAUUUUUUCUUUAGAUUGUUUUUUUUUUGGUUCCGCUUAUGCAUCCGGCGUUGUUCGGUUCGAUAUUACAAAAAUUGCAUAACUCGAAUGAUAAACAAAGAUGUUUACCCGUCGUUCACACUGGGAAGGGUAAAAAUUCGAUU